AUGAAUGUUAGUAAUUCUUAGUUUAACUAAUUAAAACCAAAUACCUUAUCUGGCAUUAUAAAUCCUAAUCUAUUAUAGCAUCUUUAGUAGGAAAAUAAUAAAUUGAAAAAUGAAGUAGAAAUAUUAAAGAAUGAAUUAAGUCUGAAUAAUUAAAUAAUUUAGAGAAUUUAAGAUGAAAAAAAAAAACAAGAAGAAAAGAUUUUAGAAUUAUAAUAAUAAGUACAUCAAAAAAAUUAAGAAAUAGAAGGUCUAGGGUAAUAUAAAAAUUUAUAUUUUAUAAUAGAAAAACAAUAAUAGAUUAAAAAAAUUUAAUAGACACUUAGUCAGAUUUUUAAGAGAAAUGUAUAAAAGUACAAUAAAUGAACAAAUAACUAACGAAAUUAUUGGAUGAGUUGAGAUAAAAUAAAUAAAUAGUUAGCAUUGAAGUAAAACUAAAAAUAUAUUUUAGUGCAAACCCAAGUAUUAAUAAAAAAAUUUUGAAGAAACAGUUCAUUUAAGUUUUACAUAGUCUAUAACACAUUACCAAAUUGAAUACAAAAGGAUGGAUCGAAAAAUUGAUUUUUAAGGCAAUGGAGAAAUAUUAGGUUAAGGUUUUAUUUUUCGUUGUUCAUGUGAAUUAUCAAAGGUACCUAAGAAAGGUUAGAAUCCAUAGAUAAUAUAAAAUGAUCGUGAAAUUUAUAUAAAGUUCUAAUUUGAUGUUUGA